AUGCUGACUCCGGACGACGCACGCGCGCGCACAUCGCCGCUGCCCGACGGCACAGAGCUCUUGGCGUCGCCCGGCCUCCGCUUCGACGCCUUUGCCAUCACGGACGUAGGAAGGUUCAAGACCUUUUUCAAGACGGGCUGCGCCGUGUGCGCGGAGGCCUCGCUCUCGCUCACGCUGCACGAGACGUCGGGGCGCAUCCAAUGCCUGCUUCCCGACGCCUUUUGGACGAGCCGCUAUUUCAUGUACCUCGUUGACUUUACGAGCGACGCUGCGCGUACCAAUGUACACCUCGUGCAGUGCAUCUACCUCGGCGACCACUGCAUCGUCGAGUCGUUUUCGUUCGGCGCGAUCGAGCCCAAUGUCGCGUACCGUUGGGAGGUGGAGUGGAUGAACCCCUUCUACUUCGAGACCCACACACGAGACAUGCCGACGUGCAGCGACGUCUUUUACUUUGACGAAACCACGCUGCUCGCGCACCACCGUCUUUCGUUUGCGCCAUUGCCCAUGGCCGUCGGCGACCGUACAACCCAGCUCUUUAACGCGUUGGAGGCCGGGGCGCUCACGUCGAUUCGCACGGCGUUGCACCACCUUGCCUAUGUCCCACCUCUCUACAAGCACCGUUCGGACGACCGCUUUGACUGGAUUGAUCGCGGCGCGUUCGACGUUGUUCGGCUCCUCGUCGACCACGGUGCCACGCUCUCGGGGACGUGUAGUGACCGGCUCCUCGCCCGCGCCCUCGAUCACAGCGAUGUCGAGACGGUGGGCUACGCACUCGAACAUGGCGCAAACGUUCAGUCGACCAACUUUGAGCAAACGCUGCUCCAGCGUAUGGUGCUGGCCGGAAAUGAGGCUAUGGUUGAGGUACUCGUGAGCGCGGGGGCGUACCUCGGCAAUCCCUGCGAUCUCCACGACAACAGCAUCGACUGGGAUUGCUCCCGGCGCUGCCAGCAAUCCGAAGCGCCCUUGGUCGCAGCGUACACGAGCAACCAGCCUCGCAUGGCGCAGCUCCUCCUGGACCUCCACGCACCGAUCGACGUGGUCCAGAAAGCCGCCCCUCGCAACGGCCUCCUGGCGCUCUGUCUACUGCAUCUGACAGACGAGUGCGCGCGCCGGUGGCAUAUCCUGCAGCUCCUCGAGCGAGGCGCCGCCACCAGCAUCCGCAAGCCGAACCAGGGCGGGAUGACACCGUAUGCGCUGGCCACGUGGAUGGAUGAAGCCAUGAUCCUCGAAAGCUUUGACUUUUACACGAAAGCGGCCUCCGACACACCGCCAGACGACGACGACGCAGCGGAUCUGUGCUGGCAGAGUCUCGCGACGGCCUGGCGUCUGCAAACGAGCACUUCAUUGGAGCAACCCCCGCAAGGCAGCGGCUCCUCCGUCUACGAGUACGACUCGGACGUGUCCAGCGGCGAGAGCGACGACGACUGGACGCUUGUCGACGACUACGUGGACACCGUCAACUAAACUAGAUGACGCUGUUCCCAAGCCUCAUUCGAUGCGAAUAUACCGCACGGUGUAGCACAUGCGGCAUGCAAACCUGCAACGAGUCGUGCGGAUACCGGCGAACCUCUGGAAUCUUUGCUCUACUAUUACGUGUUUUUAUCUCUGAACUGGUUUUAAUUGAUGUGGAUGCGCUGGA